UCUUUCUCUAAGUAUUGUUAGCUGCAUAAGCAAAAUGACAAGCUUAUGGAAGCUGGGACAAUGGCUUUUACUUGUAACUGCUUUGGCAAUUUGCUUUGUAGCCAGCACUGUUGUUGCUGAUUACUCUUAUGGGCAUGCUUCUCCCUCACCUUCUUACACCUCUAAGAAGUAUUACAAAUCUCCAUCUCCAUCCAAGUAUCAUGUACCUAUUCCUUACUAUAAGUCACCUAUUCCUGCAAAGCACUACUACAAGUCGCCAACUCCCGCAAAAUACUAUAAAUCUCCAGCUCUCGUAAAAUAUUACAAGGCGCCAGUUCCCGCAAAAUACUACAAGGUGCCAGCUCAUGUAAAGAACUACAAAUCGCCAGCUCCCGUAAAAUACUACAAGUCACCAACUCCCGCAAAAUACUACAAAUCACCAACUCCUUCAAAGAACUACUACAAGUCACCAGUUCCUUCAAAGAACUACUACAAGUCGCCAGCUCCAUCAAAAUACUAUUACAAGUCGCCAUCUCCGGCAAAGUACUACAAAUCGCCAUCGCCUGCAAAGUACUACAAGUCACCAACCCCAACAACUUAUUACAAAUCGCCUACGCCCACCAACUACAAGUCUCCACCACCACCAACUUAUUAUGAGAAAUCACCUUCGUAUUACAAAUCACCUCCACCUCCUCCGAAAUACUAUGAGCAAUCACCUUAUUACAAGUCACCCCCACCCCCACCAAAAUACUAUGAGCAAUCACCAUCUUCUUACAAAUCUCCACCUCCACCGUACUAUAAAGAAUCUACACCUUCCUAUAAAUCUCCUCCACCUCCACCAAAAUACUACGAACAAUCACCUAUAAUUUACAACUUGCCGUCUCUACCAAAAACCUAUGAAAAAUCACCAUCUUAUUACUCAUCUCCGCCACCCACAAACUAUUACAAGCAAACUCCCACCUAUGCCUCUCCUCCACCACCUGAGAAGUACGAGCAAUCCGCUAUCUAUGCUUCACCUCCACCCCCAUCGGCAUCUCCUCCUCCAACCUACUACUAAUUUUAACUAUUCAAUCAUUUUCGCCAUUUCCACGACUUUUCAUUCCUUUUUGUCCUCUUUUUUGAAGCAGCUCCAUUUCCUCAUCCAAAAUUUGUAUAUGCUUCCCGGAAUGAUCGGGUUUUCUUAUUAUGUGUUCAAUGUUCUUUUGUUUUAAUAAUUUGUAUUAUUUAUUAUUUGGUUUAA